AUGCAUCUAACGGAGACUGAAUCUGAUGAUGAGGGGUUACAUCCUUGUAAGGUGCGUAGGACUGUGUUCAUGGCCAAGCUUUUUGGUGGUAUCGAGGGUAUUCUAGGUAGUAAGUUUUCUGUACCCGGGAAGAAAGAGGGUGGGGUGGUGCCUAGUUCUUCAAUGACACCGCCUUCGUCAUUUACUGGUUCACUCUCAGUUGAUCCUGAUUCUAUCUUCGUGCAUGAAGGUGCAUUGGACUCACCUGGAGGUCCUUUCCAGCCAGGGAAUCCUUCCCUUGUUAGCGAAACAGGAACUUCAUUUCACCCCAUAUCUUCCAAGUCCUAUGCCCCAGACUGGGCGAUUGGUAGGAAUUCCUUACUAUCGGAAGACAUUGCUACCCAGGAGUGGAGCUGUUGUACUCACCCCUCAUCCACAAUGAAUUUGCUUGCGAGCCACUCAAGCUCCCGUAUGGAUGGUGACCUUCGUUAUGUUGCGGCUCAGACUUCUACCCUUAUGGUUGCUGCCGUCGAUCGGGUUUGCCAUGCUGGCGCAAAUGAAAAACAAUCGAAAGCUUUGCAUGGUUUUGUGGCAAGCAUACGGGAGGAACUCCAUGAUUCAGAGGCUGAGCAUCGAGCCCUUUCUAAGCAUAAUUGUAUUAAGGCUUGCGAGAAGGCCGCUUUGGAAGAUCAUGUAGCCACUUUUGAGGACCGAUCAGAGCGACUUGAAAGCUAA